AUGCCAGGUCGGGUAAACGCCUAUGUUUCUCACGUUAAGAAAACAACUUCUAGUUACUUCGCCCAUGAGGCUCUUACAUCCGAUCGUUCUCUCCCCAGUUCCGGUCUUCUAGAAGCCAUCAACGCCUACUCGGCUGACUUCUACGAUGAUGCGAUGUGGGACCGGGUUCAAGAUGAUUAUCAGAACAUGGAUGAGACGGCUUUGAUCGCCAUGGGGAUCCUGUUGGAGGAGAUGGCACAGGAAUCUCUAGGCGAAACUGAUGACUUGAUCCUGGUCGAGGAAGAGGAGAUUCGGUAACAUCCUUGACAGCGUGAUCAAGAAGAAAAAGAAGCAAUAGAAGAAGCCUCGUUUAGCAGCCAAGGCGAUACCCACGGAUAUGGACACAGAAGGGGACACGA